CUGGCUGGGCUGCUUAUCUCCGCGUAACACCAGUUUCUAAAGCAGACAAGCAACAGCAGUGCUCAACAGCAGUGCUCAUCGAACGGCGCGCGGCAAUAAUAUAGAGAAUUGCCGGCUAGAAGCACGCUAAGAGGGAAAAGCCUCUCACAGACUCAGAGAGCAUCCAUCCACAUACGUCGCAACGUUAGAGAAUGGCAGCGCAAGUGCGCCCGCCCGUCCCACCGUUCACGAAAGAGACCGCCAUCCAGAAGGUCCGCGCCGCCGAGGAUGCGUGGAACAACCGCGAUCCGACGAAAGUGCCAAUGGCCUAUACGCCUGACACGAAGUGGCGCAAUCGCUCGGAGAUCUUCCAAGGCCGAGAAAAAGUAAGGGAGUUCCUCGAGCGCAAGUGGUCGAAGGAGCUCGAGUACCGGCUCAUCAAGGAGUACUGGGCGCACGGCGACGACCGCAUCGCGGUGCGCUUCGCCUACGAGUACAACACCGCGGAUGGUCAGUGGUUUAGAGCCUAUGGAAAUGAGAACUGGGAGUUCGACGAGAACGGAUUGAUGAAGACGAGACACGCGUCUAUCAACGACCUCCCGAUCGAGGAGUCCGAGCGGCUCUACCACUGGCCGCAAGGGCGUAGACCGGACGAUCAUCCGUCCCUCUCGGAGUUAGGCCUCUAGAGAGAGGACUGCACAUAUAGGACUGUACAUA